CCCAACGGCAGAAACCAUUACUGAGGAAAAGCCGCUACUCGUUUGAUCCUCUUCAUCACAUGCGCACAUUUCUGACAGAGUUUUGCAGUUCCCGCUAGAUGUGAUGGAGUUAAAAAUAAAAACACUAUAUUGUGCGUCUUUGUGAGGAUUUAAAAGCUCGCUGUGCUUUAAACACAGAGAUCUGUAAUAAUGAGUACAGAGGGAGACGUAUCGCACUUCUCCAGGCACUCUCAGGCUCCUGAUCCUCCUUUCUCACAGCUGUGUGAGGACACGAGACCAGAGGCAUUAGAUGGAGGAACGGCCGAGGUGUUAGAAGUCCGUGUGAAGAAAGAGAGGCUGGAGCUGGACAUCUCCGACCAUGAGGACGACCUCGACAACACACCUGAAGUUAUUUCUAUUAAAGUGGAAGAUCCUGAGCACAGCGACUACCUCUACUGUGAGAUUUGCAAGUCCGUCUUCUUCAACAAGUGUGAGGUUCAUGGUCCGCCUCUCUUCAUCCCUGAUACUCCUGUUCCCAUUGGAGUCUCUGACCGAGCCAGUCUAACUCUUCCUCCUGGACUAGAGAUACAGAAGUCCAGUAUUCCUGAUGCAGGUCUGGGGGUGUUUAAUAAGGGGGAGACUGUUCCAGUAGGCGCACACUUCGGACCCUACCAAGGAGAGGUGGUAGACACGGAGGAAGCCAUGAACAGUGGAUACUCCUGGGUGAUAUGCGGAAUGGGGCAGUGUGAAGAAUACAUAGACGCUACAAGUGAAAUACAUGCGAAUUGGAUGAGGUAUGUGAAUUGCGCUCGUAAUGAUGAAGAACAGAAUCUUGUGGCAUUUCAGUAUCGAGGUGGAAUUCUGUAUCGGUGCUGUCGACCCAUUAACCCAGGACAGGAGCUCUUAGUGUGGUAUGAAGAGGAGUACGCCAAAGAACUCAGUCCUGCUUUUGACUACCUGUGGAACAAAAAGUGCUCCACGAAUGAAGUAAACAACGCUCUGGUGCAAGUCUUUUCCUGCUCGGCAUGUGAUCUGUCCUACGCGUCUCAAAUUUACCUAGACAAACACAACUGGAGAUGUCACUACGAAGAGUAUAUGAGACUGCAGGAGUCAGCAAGGAUUAAAUACAAGCUUCAGAUCCCCUCUAAAAGCUCCGGUAGUCAGGCCUCUCUCAGGUCUGACACUUCUCAGAUUGACGUACAGAAGAAAACGCAUCACUGCUCAGACUGUGGAAAGAGUUUCGGUCAUGAGAAUGCCCUCAAAUCGCAUCAGUGCGUUCACCCGGAUGAGAAGCCGUAUCAGUGCUCAGAGUGCGGGAAGAGUUUUACUCAUCACCGUAAUCUCAAAGAUCACCAGCGCAUUCACACGGGAGAGAAGCCGUAUCAGUGCUCGCAGUGCGGGAAGAGAUUUACUCAGCGGUGUAAUCUCUACCGUCAUCAGCGCCUUCACACGGGAGAGAAGCCAUAUCAGUGCCCGCAGUGUGGAAAGUGUUUUACGCAACAGGGUGCUUUCCAAGAACACAAGCGAACUCACACCGGAGAGAGGCCAUAUCACUGCACAGAGUGCGGAAAGACUUUCCCUCUGCAGAGUACUCUUCGAAAACACCAGCGCAUCCACACCGGCGAGCGGCCAUAUCAGUGCUCGCAGUGCGGAAAGAGGUUCGUCCACCACAGGUCUUAUAAAAAACACGAGCGCAUUCACACCGGAGAGAAGCCGUAUCAUUGCUUGCACUGCGGAAAGAGUUUUACUCAGCGGAGCAGCCUGAAAGAUCACGAGCGCCUUCACACAGGAGAGAAACCGUAUCAGUGCUCUGAGUGCGGGAAGAGUUUUCCUCAGCGACGUAAUCUUAAAGAUCACCAGCGGCUUCACACGGGAGAGAAACCGUAUCAGUGCUUACAGUGUGGGAAGAGCUUCAAUCGCCCGAGUACUCUCCAACAACACCAGAGCGUUCAUGCCGGAGAGAUGCCGUAACUCCGCUCUCAGCGUGAAAAGACUUUAAAUUUAAACACACAAGUGCACAUACUUUAUUAUGCAUGUUUUAAAGUGUAUUAUAACUGUUUCACCUAAGGAUUUGUAUCUCAAACUAUAUUUUUCAUUUGUUUAAUCUCGGCUUUCUGUGGAAGGCAAAAUAUGUAACCUUCUUAUAGUAAUGUAAAAAAAAAACAGUUAAUGUUUUUUUUUGAUCAUAAGCAAUUGGGCUAAAUUAUCACCACACUAUUACGGUAUUAUUACGACACUUGUAACUGUAGUUAGAGCUGCAGCUUAACUGCAGCAUUAGAAUAAAAAUAAGAGUUUUGUCAAUAAACUCAUCAAAUGUAAA